CCUGGAGGUAACCCAGGGGGGCCUUCCGGGGAGCCACGGGCACACGGCGGAGCUGCGGCCGGCCGGGGCCUCGGAGAGGGCGGGGAAGCCCGGGCUGGAGUGGAGCCGCCCGGAGGCCUUCCUGGAGGAGGCACCGGGCCAGGGGAUGGCUCCUGGCUGAAAACGCUCGCCUCGGAGCUGGCAAAGCUGGGGGACGGGGAGCGGAGAGACCCAGAAAGGGCCGGGAAGAAACUUCCCCAAAAGUUGGGACCAGAUUCUCCCCUGACUUAGGGCGUGGCUUUGCCCGGAACUCAUCCCCGACUGUCAUCAAGAUGCUUUGAGCUUCCGGUCCCUACCUGGGCGCAGUUCUCUCUCUCUGUCUCUCCCUCCCCACCUCUCCCUCCCUCCCUCCUUCGCCCCCUCUGCCCCUCGUGUGGGGGGCGGAGGACAACUUGGGCUCCUUCGCUAAGCGGGUCCCGGGGAUCGAGCUCGGGCUGUCAGGUUCGGCGGAUGAGCGUGAAAACAGCACACGUGGCUUCUUGGCUCCUCUGCAGCGACGGCGCGUACACGGGGGAAGCCGGGGACCCGAACCUUCGCCCCGGGACAGCCCGCCUACCCCCUCCCCCGGCUGGCUCCGCCCACCCCCGGCUGGCUCCGCCCCGCCGCUCUAGGAACCGAAAACUUCGGUCUCGUAUUUCCGGGGGACACUCACGCCGCACACACCCUGCUAUCAGCCAAUAGGAACCACCGUCCGUAGCCCACCCAAUGGUAAUCGAGUGGCUGAGCGCCCUGCCAGUCACGCCGCGAAGGGGGCGGGACUUCCCCCCAGAACGUGAAGCCGCGCAGGAAGGUCGGGCAGGGAGGGCGCUUGUGACUUGGAGACCCAUGUGGCGCGGGCUGAGCGCCCUGGCGACCCGGGCGGCACGGGCGCCCCGCAGGCUGUGCGCACGCCGGAGCAGCGGCGCCAGGCCCUGGGCCCCGGGCAGCACCAUCUUCGCUCUCAGCUCCGGCCAGGGCCGCUGCGCCAUCGCCGUGAUCCGCACCAGCGGCCCGGCCAGCGGGCUCGCGCUCCGCAGCCUCACGGCGUCCCGGGAGCCACCUCCGGCCCGCAGCGCCUGCCUGCGCCUUCUCCGCCACCCGCGCUCCGGGGAGCCGCUGGACCGCGCGCUCGUCCUCUGGUUCCCAGGCCCCCAGAGUUUCACGGGUGAGGAUUGCGUGGAGUUGCACGUGCAUGGAGGUCCCGCGGUGGUCAGCGGAGUCCUGCAGGCGUUGGGCAUCUGCCGUAGGAUGGGGAUCAAGGACCUUGUGAUGCUUCCAGGUAGUGUGCCAGGACUACGACCAGCUGAGGCCGGAGAGUUCACCAGGAGGGCGUUCGCCCACGGAAAGCUGAGCCUGACUGAGGUGGAGGGACUGGCAGAUCUGAUCCAUGCGGAAACUGAGGCCCAGCGGAGGCAGGCCCUGAGGCAGCUGGAUGGGGAACUGGGCCAGCUGUGCCGAGGCUGGGCGGAGACCCUCACCAAGGCUCUGGCCCAUGUAGAGGCCUAUAUUGACUUCGGAGAGGAUGACCAUUUGGAAGAGGAUGUGUUGGAGCAGGCGGACAAAGACGUUCGAGCCCUGGAGGCUGCACUGGGUUCCCACCUGCGAGAUGCCAGGCGUGGUCAGAGGCUCCGCUCAGGGGCGCACAUUGUGGUCGCUGGACCCCCCAAUGCAGGGAAGAGCAGUCUGGUGAAUCUGCUCAGCCGGAAACCUGUGUCCAUCGUGUCCCCAGAGCCAGGGACCACCCGGGAUGUGCUGGAGACCCCCGUGGACCUGGCCGGGUUCCCUGUGCUGCUGAGUGAUACCGCUGGGCUGCGGGAAGGCGUGGGCGCCGUCGAGCAGGAGGGUGUGCGCAGGGCCCACCAGAGGUUGGAGCAGGCUGACCUCAUCCUGGGGGUACUGGACGCCUCCGACCUGGCCUCCCCCUCCAGCCGCAGCUUCCUGGACACCGUGGCGGCCCGGUUGGUAGCACAGAGACCCGACAGCUGCGGACAGCGCCUCCUGCUGCUGCUCAACAAAUCUGACCUGCUUCCCGCUAGGACCGCGGACAGCGACGCCGCCCUCCUCGGGCUGCCGUACCUGCUGCUCUCCUGCCGCACCGGAGCAGGGCUCGAUGGCCUCCUGCAGGCCCUGAAGACCGAGCUGGCUGCGGUGUGCGGGGACCCAUCCACAGGACCGCCGCUCCUGACCCGGGCGAGGCACCAGCACCACCUCCAGGGCUGCCUGGACGCCCUGCGACACUACCAGCCGGCGACAGACCUGGCCCUGGCGGCAGAGGCCCUGCGCCUGGCUCGGAGGCACCUGAGCCACCUCACGGGUGGAGGAGGCACCGAGGAGAUCCUAGACCUCAUCUUCCGGGACUUCUGUGUGGGCAAGUGAGGGCCAGAGCCUGGGCCUCAGGUUCCCACUAGAUACUGAUUCAAGAUGGCAGCAGAGGGCAGAAGAGCACUGGGGUCUGCAGCCCUCAGGUCUGUUCCUCCACAGUGAGCAGACAGGCCAGGGAUCCCAGGAGAGCUACCCCUGGGUGCUGAGAUGAAGGCCUACAUCACCACGCCAAGAGACUGUAUUGCUGGAGAUGAGACCUUUGUCUGUUAGGUGUUGAGCCACGCCCCCAGCCUGCUACUGGAGGAUUCUGGACAGAGCUCCACCCCCUGACCACGCCCCCAGCCCCUCACUGGGGAUUCUAGGCGGGGCUCCACCCCUGACCACGCCCCCAGCCCCUCA